AUGUCUUUUUAUAAGAAUAAUCCGAAAACAGGCGGAAAAGUGGAACCAAAGGACUACAAAGUGAACCAAGAAGUGAGAAGCGGUGACAAUAGGGUCCGAUUGGGACAACUCAUAGAUUCGGGAACUUUCGGUGAAAUCAGAAAAGGAGUGAUUUUGCAGACCAAUGAACGAGUGAUCGUAAAGUUGGAGCCAAACCACAAGAAACAGUUGGAAAUGGAGUAUAAGAUCUGCAAAGACUUGGACAAAGACGACGGUUUCCCUCGAGUUUACUUUUACUGCCAAUGGAAUGAAUACAACGUUUUGGUGACCGAAGUGUUGGGUCCGUCGCUGUCGGAGAUGUUUGACACUCAUAACAGUCAAUUCAAUCCGAAGACAGUACUCUAUAUCGUCUUUCAAUUGAUCCAUCGAAUUGAGAAACUGCAUGGACUCGGGUUUAUAAUCCGUGACAUAAAUCCCGAUACUCUAGUGUUGGGUCCAAAACAAACAAAGAAGGAGAGUAUCGUUCACUUCACUGACUUCUCUUUAGUCAAACGCUAUACUUCGGACCCAAACAACCCUCAAAAGCAUAUACCGAUGACAAGCGGGCAUUCGCUGAACAGUUGGCCGCGUUAUGCGAGUAUUAACGCACAUUUGGGUCUAGAGGUGUCCCGACGCGAUGACAUGGAGUCCAUCGGCUAUUUGAUUGUGUAUUUCGCGACUCACGGAAAACUUUUGUGGACGGAUCAGGGAUUUACGGGAGAUGUUAAGCAACAAAUCGGCGAAUAUAAAAGAUGUACACCUAUUGAGAGACUGUGUAGUGAUAUUCCCAACGUUUUCGCCAAAUAUCUACGAAUUGUCCGGAAUUUGGAGUUCGACGAAAGGCCAGAAUAUAUGAAACUAAAGCUUAUGUUUUACCAACACUUUCUCGACUCUGAGCUCGAAGACGAUGGUCUGUACAUCUGGUCCACGAAUGCGCCCAAAUAG